AUGUCCGAAUUCGACGCCGCCAACCCGCCGAGCGACAACGGCUCGUCUUCGACCCUCCCUCCGUCGGACUACCCCUCAACCCCCUCCUUCACUCCGACCCCUCGCUUCCUGACCGCCCUCUCCUCCUUCCACGCCAUGCACACGCGAGACCCCUCCCACCCUUCUUCCUUGUCCUACCACACUGCCCUCGAAGCCUUUGUGCGGAACUUGUCUUCCCGCUCGACCGACGAGCGCUUGAACAAGGGACCGGGAGAAGCACUGUUGCUCGCGGCGAAUUGUCAGCAUGUCAGGAGGUGGGAGAAACCGAGGAGUAGCUAUCCUGAGGGUUUGAGCGGGUACAAGAGCUGGAGGACGGCUCUGAAUCGCUUCCACGCCUCGAUAGCCCGCUCCGUCCUCGAACAAUCAGGCUACCUACCCGACUCGCCCGCCGACGCCGCUUUGAUCCAGCGCGUCGAGGACUUGCUGAUGAAGAACGGGUUGGCAAGGCCGCCUUUGCCGGAGAGGGACGUGGAUUUGAGAGACCCCGAAUUGCAGCUCUUCGAAGACGCCAUCUGCCUCACGUUCCUCCGAACCGAAUUCACCUCCUUCGCCUCGUCCUUCCAACAACCCCCUCCCACAUCCUCCGACAAACCCCCUCUCUCUCCCGACGACCGCCGCGCAAAGCUCGUCCGCAUCGUCGCCAAAACCUGGGCAAAGAUGACGCACAACGGGCGUCAAGUCGCGGUUGAACAGCUUGUUGGAGGGCUGAGUGAGGAGUUGAAGGCGGUUGUGCUGGAUGCGGUUAGUCAGGAGGGGCAGGGGAGUGCUAAGUGA